GACAAGAGUAAUAUCUAGAAGUUGUCGCCCGAGGGACACAGGCCUAGACAGUUAAUUUAAUUGAUUUUCUUUGCAGAGAAUCAAGAAAACGAUGUCCAGACAAAGCACGCCGGAUAUCCUGUGCUGGCAGCACUGUGACAAGCUGACCAAUAUUCUGUGUUUUUCUGUCCCUCCUGUUUGUCCUCUGUGUCACUAUAACACGACUCACUCGCCUAGUCGUAUCCCCCCUUACAAACUCCCCUCACCCCUCACCAAUGCUGGAGAGUCACCGGUGUCACUGGUUGUAAGACCAACAGUUGGAACUUUUCUCAGAAAUUAUGACAAUUCUGUCAAUCUACACAUCGGAGUGACUGAUACAAAAGGCACAGUGUAUGACUAUGAUGAAGAUGGGGUUCAUGUAGGGGUAGCAGGGUGGGAGGAAUGCCUCGUGAUUCCACUGUCAAAUAGAGGCGUCACACCCCAGAUCUACCAUCUCUGGGAUGCCACGCUUCAUAACCUAUCUCAGUCCAAUAUGUGGACAAAGUCAAAGUACAUUGAGGACCGUCACAACUGCUUUGAUUUUGUGAUCUUCUUCUUGAAGCAGGUUGGGUUCAGCAGACAAAAUCUCUCUGCUGAGAGUAGGAGUGCACUGACCCAUGACAUUAUUCUACCUCAGAUGUCAAAGGUUGUUCAGUACAUUACACUCUAUAGGAAUAUAGCAAGCUUUUCUUACGUGUGUCAGGAUGUUCAAACAAAAUCUCUCAUGAAAAAGUGAAGAGAUGCAUGCGCGGAUCCAGAAAAUUUUUCCAGGGGG